AUGCCUAAACCCGCUGUUCAAAAACCGAAACGUAACAAGUACGCUGACAACAAUCGUCUUGCCCUUAGAAUCGAACAGUCUGGUCGCCCCACGUCAUCCCCUUGUGAUUAUUGCCUGGUUCGCGGCAAGUGUUGCAUUAUGAGUCCUUAUGCGAACAGUAAGAAGUGUUCUACCUGCGCCCGUCGAGGCCAGGUGUGCGAACGGAGCUUCCAUACCGACAAGGAGUGGGAUGACCUGCAGCGGGAGGAGCAGAAGGUGUCGGCGGACCUCACGGAGGCCCAAAAGCAAUUUCUUCAGUAUUCCCAAAAGAUGAACGAAGCGAUGGCGAAGAUACUUCGCUUGCAAAAGCAUCAACAAUUUCUUAAAGAUCGUGGUGGUCGGAUGUUGGAUCACGACUCGGUAGUGUCGGAUCGUCUCAACGAGGACGAUCCUCCUUCUCUUGCUGAACUGUCCGAGUUCGACCGUUUGGCCGAGCAGCAAGAGAUUCGUUAG